UCUGGUUAAGCCUUUGGUCGCCUCAGACCCAGAAAACAAAGAUAGGAAAGACGAAGAAAAAGAAAGAAAAAAAGAGAGAGAGAGAGAAAGUAGAGAGAAGAAGCAGAGAAAAAGAGACUUGUCAUCGUCGAUGAUGUACAAGAGUCUGUGAAUCCGGUAAAGCCAUAAGCGAGUAGAUAAAGAGGAAGGCGAGAGAGAAUACGGAGCUGUUGUAUCGCUAAAUCGAGCUAAAUUUGAGAGAUAGAGACAUUCAAAGGAAUCAAGUGUAGUACCGAGGCGAGCUUUGAGGUUUUUUGGGCGAGGUUUUUGAAAGAGAAGAGGUGGAUUUGGAGAUUUUCUUGUUGAUUUCGUCUGCUUAGAGGAUUCUUUGAUACCAGAUGAAACAGAUCUGAGCUUUGAGUUUACCGAGGUAUGGCGAGUUCAGAGGUUUCAGUGAAAGGAAGUCGUGGAGGAGAAAACUUCUCCUCCGCCGGUUACAGUGACCCAAAGGAGACAAGAAAUGUCUCCGUCGUCGGAGAGGGGCAAAAAAGUAAUUCCAACCGAUCUGUCGUCGCUGAGCGUGCUGUGGACCCUGAGGCUGCUCUCUACAGGGAGCUGUGGCACGCUUGUGCUGGUCCGCUUGUGACGGUCCCUCGACAAGAUGACCGAGUCUUCUAUUUCCCUCAGGGACACAUCGAGCAGGUGGAGGCAUCAACAAACCAGGCGGCAGAACAGCAGAUGCCUCUCUAUGAUCUUCCAUCGAAGCUCCUUUGUCGAGUCAUUAAUGUAGAUUUAAAGGCAGAGGCAGACACCGACGAAGUUUAUGCGCAGAUUACUCUUCUUCCUGAGCCUAAUCAAGACGAGAAUGCAAUUGAGAAAGAGACGCCUCCUCCUCCGCCCCCUAGGUUUCAGGUGCAUUCGUUCUGCAAAACCUUGACUGCAUCGGACACAAGUACCCAUGGUGGAUUUUCUGUUCUUAGGCGGCAUGCGGAUGAAUGUCUCCCUCCUCUGGAUAUGUCACGUCAGCCUCCUACUCAGGAGUUGGUUGCAAAAGAUCUGCAUGCAAACGAGUGGCGUUUCAGACAUAUCUUCCGAGGUCAACCACGAAGGCAUUUGCUUCAGAGUGGAUGGAGCGUGUUUGUUAGCUCUAAAAGGCUGGUUGCAGGCGAUGCAUUUAUUUUUCUCAGGGGGGAGAAUGGAGAAUUACGUGUGGGUGUAAGGCGUGCAAUGCGACAACAGGGAAAUGUGCCAUCUUCUGUUAUAUCGAGCCACAGCAUGCAUCUUGGAGUACUGGCCACCGCAUGGCACGCCAUUUCAACGGGAACUAUGUUUACAGUCUACUACAAACCAAGGACAAGUCCAUCUGAGUUUAUUGUUCCGUUUGAUCAGUAUAUGGAGUCUGUUAAGAAUAACUACUCCAUAGGCAUGAGAUUUAAAAUGAGAUUUGAAGGCGAAGAGGCUCCUGAGCAGAGGUUUACUGGCACAAUCGUCGGGAUAGAAGACUCUGACCCCACGAGAUGGGCAAAAUCAAAGUGGAGAUCCCUCAAGGUGAGAUGGGAUGAGACCUCUAGUAUUCCUCGACCUGAUAGAGUAUCUCCUUGGAAGAUAGAGCCUGCUCUUGCUCCUCCUGCGCUGAGUCCUGUUCCCAUGCCUAGGCCUAAAAGGCCCAGAUCUAAUAUAGCUCCUUCGUCUCCCGACUCUUCCAUGCUCCAGAGAGAAGGCUCAACUAAAGCAAACAUGGACCCUUUACCGGCAAGUGGACUUUCAAGGGUCUUGCAAGGUCAAGAAUAUUCGACCUUGAGAACGAAACAUACUGAGAGUGUAGAGUGCGAUGUUCCAGAGAAUUCUGUUGUGUGGCAAUCCUCAGCGGAUGAUGAUAAGGUUGAUGUUGUUUCGGCUUCUAGAAGAUGUGAGAACUGGAUGUCCUCAGGCAGGCAUGAACCUGCUCCCUUCACGGAUUUGCUUUCUGGGUUUGGGGCUAACAUAAAUCCAUCCUUCGGUCAGCGAAUACCUUUUUACGACCAUUCAUCAUCACCUUCUGUGCCCGCGAAGAAAAUCUUAAGUGAUCACGAUGGCAAAUUUGAUUUUUUUGCUAACCAGUGGCAGAUGAUGCACUCUGGUCUUUCCCUAAAGUUACAUGAAUCUCCUAAGGUCUCUGCACCAUCCGAUGCCUCUUUUCAAGGGCGAGGCAAUGUCAAAUAUGGCGAAUAUCCGGUGCUUCAUGAUCUGACGACUGAGAAUACUGGUGGUAACUGGCCAAUACGUCCACGUGCUUUGAAUUAUUUUGAGGAUGUGGUUCAUUCUCAGGCUAGGGAGCAUGUAGCGAAACGACCUGCGGUAGUACAAGAGGAGACAACAAAGGCAAGAGACGGGAAUUGCAGGCUUUUUGGCAUUCCUCUGGUCAACAACAUGAAUGGGGCGGAUUCAACUAUGGCGCAGAGAAACAACUUAAAAGAUGCUGCAGGCCUUACGCAGACAGCACCUCCAAAGGUUCAGGAUCUCUCGGAUCAGUCAAAAGGGUCAAAAUCGACAAACGAUCAGCGUGAACAGGGAAGACCGUUCCAGACUAAUCAUCCCCAUCCGAAGGACGCUCAUACAAAAACAAACUCAAGUAGGAGUUGCACAAAGGUUCACAAGCAGGGCAUUGCACUUGGCCGGUCAGUGGAUCUCUCAAAGUUCCAGAACUACGAGGAGUUAAUCGCUGAAUUGGAUAGGUUGUUUGAGUUCAAUGGAGAGUUAAUGGCUCCCAAGAAAGAUUGGCUAAUAGUUUACACUGAUGAUGAGAAUGAUAUGAUGCUUGUUGGAGACGAUCCUUGGCAGGAGUUUUGUUGCAUGGUUCGCAAAAUCUUCAUAUACACGAAAGAGGAAGUUAGGAAGAUGAACCCGGGAACUCUAAGCUGUAGGAGCGAGGAAGAAGCAGUCGUUGGGGAAGGAUCAGAUGCAAAGGAUGCCAAGUCUGCAUCGAAUCCUUCAUUGUCCAGCGCAGGGAACUCUUAAACAAGAAAAAGCAAAACCCUUUUGCUACAAGCCCGAGGGGAAGAGAGGUAUAAAAACCCAAAUGAAGAGAGAGCUUGAUGGUCUAGAGAGCAAAAUUGGAUUAUAGGGGGUUUUCACGAAAUGAUAAGCAAUUUUUGAAGUAUUUUGUUGGCAACUUAGAUUAUUAGCUUCUUCCACCUCCUAUUAUAUCUAAUAAUAAUCGAUAUAUAUGUUAUAAAGUAAACAAGAAAGGUUACAGGUAUUAUAUAGUAGAAUAUGAAAUGCUCUUUUAUAAGUAGAAAUGAUGGUGUGGAGUUGUAGAUGGAGGCUAGUAUCGGUUCUUUGUUAUAUGUGUUCUUCAUCUGUUGAAAGUCGUUUAUUGUUUAUAUAUUAAUCCCAAUGUACAUAAGUUUUUAAGAUUUUACCCUUUUUUAUUACUACUCGAUCUACAUCUUCUCUACCUAUUAAGUGUUCCCGGCUUUUGGUGUUGGUUUUGUAA